AUGGGCCCAUGGCGGCUGGCGGCUGGUGGGAGAGGGCACAAAUGGUGGAUAGGCGUGAGCAUAACUGGAGCCGUUGCUCUCGCCAGUACGGAGCAACUCCAUCGUUUAUACUCCACGGCCGGCAGACGACACAAUAGCCAGGCAGUAGUCCGGCAGUCCAGCAGGGGCAGAGGCAAGGAGGAAGAAGCAAAGAAAAAACAUCCCGAACCCGUCACUGUGGAAUAA